GGAUAAAGAAAAAAAAAGAAAGGCCUUCCGACGAAUGACAGCACGCAAAACCGAUCACGCGGCCGAACCGGGAGGUGUGCUUUCGGUCGGUGUCAUAGACCGUGUACGUGUUCCUAUACGUGUGUGCGUUACGGCAGUAUCUCACAACAAAUAUGUCGUGGUGGGGAGUACGUUUUUCCGUUCGCCGUUUCGCAUAUUUCUUCCCCCGCAUUAUUAUUAUGUAGUUUGGCAUAGGUGAACCCCUGCUGCAUGCUCGUUUCGAUUGAAAAAAAAAAACGGUGCAGGUGUGUAUAAGUACGCGUGAUACGAUUCUGUUUAACUGUGGAAGAUUUUCUUCGAAUCAAAGACGACCGGAGAGUCGUCUGAAUAGUCGGGGAAUAAAGUGCGAUGAGAACGAUGCGCGAGUUAGCUCUCCUACUCGGUAAUUAGAACGAUUAUUUAAUCAUGUUCAAUUCGCGAGGAACCAGAGAAGAUCGUGGGCAGCUAGCGGCGUGAGUCUCGCGAUUAACGGUAGGUGUGGAAGUAUCGCGUCGAGUAGAAAACGACGUGUGUUGACGUUGGUUCGCUGCUCGGAUUCCCGGCUACGCCUAAGUGAGAAAUGCGGUUCUGAAUCGCGACGUGCGUCGAUCCCGUGUAAUCACGAACAGGUUGUUCACGGGUGGCUCCUUCGAUACGUGCAUUACAUUACGAUAAACUUACUACUCGUGAUUGGAUACUUGUGUGCGAUUCCACGCGCGCGCGCGCUUGCGUGUGUGUGUGUGUAGUGUACUCCUCUGUGUCUCUUUCUCUCUCUCUCUUUCUCUCUGUGUACGCACGGUGUUUAGAUAAUCAAGGAUAUAUACUCCUUCGGAAGGACGGCCUGACACGGAAGAAACGCCGGAAGGAAGGAAGAGGGUAGCAGGGUAGCAAGAUGGCGGGAUCCUUAACGUGGUCGUGUACUUGUUGCCUGCGUUUCAAGUUCAGCCCCGAGGAGAUCGAGCAGCGUUACAAAAGUCAAGAAAUCGAUCGGAUGCUGGAGAAAGAUCGUCAAGCACUCCGACGACAGGUCAAGUUGCUGCUCCUCGGGGCGGGUGAGAGCGGAAAGUCGACAUUCCUCAAACAGAUGCGAAUUAUUCACGGAAUUAAAUUUGAGCCUGAAUUAAUUAAGGAAUAUCAACAUGUAAUUUAUCAAAAUAUAAUUAAAGGAAUGAAGGUAUUGGUAGAUGCUCGUGAUAAGUUAAAUAUUCCAUGGGAAAAUCCUAAAAACUAUGAUAUUGGUUAUCAGUUAUUAAAGGUUGAAAAUACUAUGGUAUUAGAUGCUAGAUUGUUUCUCCAUUAUGUACCAGCGUUACAAAGUUUAUGGAAAGAUGCAUCGAUCAAACAAGCCUUUGAUAGGAGAAGAGAAUUUCAAUUAGUAAGACACCUUUCAUAUUUUAAGAAAUUAGUAAACAAAUCAAAGCUACUUUUGUACUGUUAUUUUUAUAAUACUAUUUUUUUGCUUUUACAGAGCGAUUCAGUUCAGUACUUUUUGGACAGUCUUGAUAGGAUUGCUAGAAUGGAUUAUGUACCUACACACCAAGAUAUCUUACACUGUAGAAAAGCUACAAAAGGAAUUUCUGAAUUUGUUAUACAAAUUAAUAAUAUUCCAUUUCUGUUUGUUGAUGUCGGAGGGCAAAGAUCUCAAAGACAAAAGUGGUAUCAAUGUUUUGAUUGCGUUACUUCUAUACUUUUUCUUGUUUCAUCAUCAGAAUUUGAUCAAGUGUUGUUAGAAGAUAGGAGAACAAAUCGGUUAGAAGAAUCAAGAAAUAUAUUUGAUACAAUAGUUAACAACAUGAUAUUCGGUGGUGUGUCUAUUAUUUUAUUCUUAAACAAAACUGAUUUAUUGGAUAAAAAAGUAAGAUCACCCGACACAAAUGUUCGUUGGUAUUUCCCACAAUUCACAGGAGAUUCACAUUCCAUGAAGGAUGUGCAGAAUUUUAUACUAGACAUGUUUAUAUCUGUUAAAAGGGACCCAAGAAAACCUCUUUUUCAUCACUUUACUACCGCUGUUGAUACAGAAAAUAUAAAAGUUGUGUUUAAUGCAGUCAAAGACACAAUUUUGCAUAGAAAUCUGGAAUCGUUGAUGCUCCAAUAAUGAUGAAUGUGUGUAAAAAAAAAAGUGAAAUAAUUUCCAAUUCAAAGGUACGCGUUCAACGUUUAGUAUUUGGUAUAUAGUGAAGUGAAAUUAGUUGAAAAAAAUAUUAGGACAUCAAGUUGGAAAGAAGUUCUGGUAAGACAAUAUAUAUAUUAUAUAUAUUGUAUCAAUAUAAAUCAUACGAUUACCUCCGUUGACAACGGUAAAUUAAACGUUUUCAUAAUAGUUUUAUACAAAGGAGGGAGUAAAAACUGCCUAACGGAAACAUGUAUUGAAAAUUUUUAACACUGUAUACACUAUAUAUACAUAUAUACCUAUACACUGAUAAUAUAUUUCCAUCCUUUUUGAUGAAUAUUGAAUAUUAAAGGGUUGUAAGAAGACUAUUAUAUACAAUUUAUUGUACAUAGUUAACUUAUGUUCUAUACAUUGUCAAUAAUAACGAUUUUACAUGUUUGUAUAAAAAAAAGGAUCAGUUUGCUAAUAGUUUAGCUAAGAUUUUUCUAUUUUGUACAGAUAUUUAAUCCAGUGCUUCUUUUUAUAUUAAAAUAUAUAAUGAAAAACGCUGGUCAUAUAACCAGCUUUCACAAACAUAAGAAUAACUUAUUUUUUACUUACGCUUGAAUUAUCUUUGUUAACAUUGAAUAUAGUAAGUAACGAGGAAACCAAAUACUAGAUUCAUGCCAUAUAAACCAAAUGAAACUAACCAGUUUGUGUUCAAAUUGCUGUGUGCAAAAUUGUUAAUUUUUACAUAAUUUUUUUUGCAUUUCAUUUAAAAAUGGUAUACAGGAUUUCAAUGUUUCAAAAUAGAAAUAGAAAUUCUUGUACCUUGAUAUUCAUCAUAUUUUUGAUUUAUUGUUUUUGUACUUCUCUAAAUUAAACUUAUUUUCUGUAGCACACAAUAAAUUAUAUUUUGUAAGCAAUUAUAAUUUAAAUUAAUAUAGUCCUGAUAGUUCAAUAUUACUUUUCUGUUGUAACUUAAACCUCCAGUAUUUGCUGCAACAAAAAAUCAUAUAAAGAAAGAUCAUUAUAAUGGAUAUAGUAGAUUUUGUUGAAUAAUUAAGUAGGAAGUGUUUUGCUAAACUUUGGUUUAAAUAGCUGGUCCUUGAUUAAACAUUUAUUUCUUUAAGAAAAAAAUUUAUAGUAAUCAGUAUUAUUAUUUUUCGUAUGCAAAGGUUCAAAUAAAGUUUGCUUUUCAAUCCCAUAAGAUAGCAGUUUUCCAGAAUAUAUUAAUUUAUUAUUUUAUAAACACAUGACUUAUACAUAUUUUUUUCAUAAACUUUUGUUCCCGCAUGUUACAUGGCAAUUUACAUUAUUUCAUUCAAUUAAGAUGGAAGAAUUGUAUUACAACAAAGGCAAGCUAUUGAUUAAGAUGUUCUCUUUUUGUCAAGAAAAUUAUACACAGUUCAGAUUUUUUAAUAACAGGGAACAGCAUUUUCUAUUGGCAUUAUAAACACCACUGUAACCAAGGAUUUUAUGUAAUAAUAUUUAUGGUAAAACCAAAGAAUUUUAAAACUAAUAAAUUUUCUAUGUAAUUUAUUUUUUACUAGUUUAGUGUAAUGCCUAAUGUUAAAACCACAUUUAUAUUUAUACACACAGCUAUUUUUCCAUUCUGAUCAUUUAUUACAUAAAAUCUUUGUUCCCUUUGUUCUUUAUACAAAAAGAAAGAAGAAAAACAUUUAAAAAUUGUAUUGAGAAUUAAUUAUACCUGGAGCUAAUGAAAAUAUUUUGUUAUGUUUGUAUAUAAGAGAUUUUUAGGUCUAAUGUAAAAAAUAUAAAAUGUUAGAUGAUUGAAUUUUUACAUAGCUAUUCGUAUCAUGUAAAAAUAAUGCGAAACUUUAAUAAUUGGUAUAUUUUCUUAACUGAUACAUUUUACAUUCCUAUAAGCUUAAACAGGUCAAUUUUUAAUUGAUAUUCUUAGAGUAUUUUUAAAUCGUAUCACGUUUUUAAGAACAUUAUUAUUGCCUUUAACAAAACAUUGUUUUGAAAAGUGAAUUAUACACAAUUUUAUACAAUUUACAUACUUGUAUACAGAAUUUAUAUAUUGAUACUCACCGAGAAUAAUGUCUGUAAUUUUUGUAGAGAUAUUUUAAAGGAGCCUAUACUCUUUAUAAUUCACAAAUUAACAACCGUAUCUGUGAAUUUGUAUAGGUGUAAUAUGUAUAAAAUUUUUAUCUUAUAGAAAACUUUUAUGAUACUUACAGCUUUUAUAAAUUAUGCAGUUCAUUUUGUAAAGAUGUAAACGUGAUAUUGUUACUCUAAUUAAUUAAUAAAUCACAGUUCAUUAUACGUUCACUUGAAACAUACAGAAUAUUACUAAACUUUUAUAUUAUAUCGGUUACAUCACAUUUAUGUAUCAUUUAAGUUUUCUAUCGAACUGUUGUAUAGUAGUUAAAUAAAGAAAAAAAUUAUAAAAUAUUACAAGUCGUAAAUGUAACAUGUUUAAAUAUGGACUGUGAAAACAUAAUAACUUUGUGAUAGAAUGUCGUGAAAAGUAAAAGAAAAAUGAUUUUUAUAUUUUAGAUAUACAGAAAUUACUUUAAUCUGUUCAGCCUAAUCAAUUUUAUACAUUUCAGUCUACAUGAAAAAAGAAAAAGGAAAUUUAAAUAUUCUACGAUUAUGAUAUCGUUGGCAAUGAUACAGCAGUGUUAUAUAUAUAAAUAUAUAUACGUUUAAAACAAUUUUAUUAUGAUUUGUACUAUAUUUACAACUAGGUACUUUUAUAUUCAUACCUACAUUCUCAAAUCAUGAAGAAAAUAUAUAUACAUAAUGAAUCUUUCAUUAUUAAAAAACACAUUGUGAUUAUUGCCUAUUAUAUAAUUAUCUUUUAUGCUGACACACAUUCAAUCUGUAUGUCACUGACAUUAUUAAUUGUACAGAAAUGUUUUUCUACAAAUCAAUUUCAUAAAUUCAUAGCAAUAUACAAUUUCAUUAUACAGGAUGUUCUGCUUCAAACAGGCCACCUAAAUAUCUUUUCUAUUUGUUAUAAUACCAGACAGAUUUUUGUUAUGUAAUUUAAAUUGUUUUAAAAGACAAAUCAGAUGGAAAUUUUUUUAUAUACAUAUUAAAUGACCUGUUUUAAGUGGAACCCCCUGUAUAUACAUUUAUAUAUAAAAUUGUUGAAUAGUAAUUUGUUAAAAAAGUUAUACAAGCAACAGUUUAAAUAUGAUCAAAUAUUUUCUUAUAAGUUUGUAUAACACUGAUCAAAAUUAAUAAAAUAGAUAGAACAGUUUUUAAUAACUGAAAGUGCAUACAGGUUUUUCAAGUAAUUGAAACAUUUCACAAUGUCUAUUUUAUAACUCAAAGCAAUAGGACUGUUCUAUCUGUUACCAGUAGCCAUUUGUAUGCCCAAAUUUCAUUUUAUUUGUACUUGUCUAUACAUGAUCUAAAGAAUGUAGAUAUAUAUUGUGCCUAUAUGUACUGUAUUUAUACAAAAGCAUAUUGUAUAUUUGUAUAUAAACAUAUUUUACAUAAAAUAUUGUAAUAACGUAGUCUAUUCACAUAAACAAUAAAUAAAACUUUA